AAAAAAAAAAAAAAAAACGCUGUACCUAGCAACAAAUAGUACCUUUCUUUGUUUAGGGUUCUGCAUAAAUCAUCAAAUUGCUUCCAAGUCUAACUGGGAAUUGCCCCUUUCCACCCCUAAUUUGUUCAGGGAGCAUCACACGCAACUUGAUUACGUCUAUGCAAGAAAAAGUAUGUGAAAGUACGAUGUUUCUUCUCUCUUUCGUAUUAAAUUACAACAUAGUUUCUUUUGGUUCUUAAAAAUCGCAGUUCAUGAUGUCCUUGGAUAUGCUUUAGAUCACGUAAAAGACAAAAAGGGUAGUAAUAGCACCUAUUAGUCCUAUUUUUUGGUCUUAAUAUUUUACUCGGAUUCGUCAUUUCUUUUACAAAAAUAGGUUAAUGAAUACAAACUUGCUGAUCGUACCAAAUAAUAUUACCGUGAGGAGGAGUGAAAAAAGCAGAUUGACAUCUCCAAGUAAUAAACAUACAUGUGAUAGUAAACCAAGAAAUUAGUCACCUAAACUUCAAGGAAAUUUUGUCAGACAUCUCUAUUUUUGUACGUAAAAGAAAGGAAGACGGGGUCAGUAAUUACCAUUUUGACAAGUAGCAAUACAGAUUGGCAGACAAGAGUUUUAAGUCCAGGUGAGCAGAGUGAGUGUAACUUAUGGAAAACUAUAACUCUAUUGGCUUUCUAUAAAACCAAACAGAUUUUACUCUUUUCCCCUAUAGAGAAAAAACCGAAAUGGCAGGGAGAGGAGGUGGAGGAAUACAUGGAGGAUUUAUAUCUGGAUUGGGUCCUCUCGGGUCUGCAGGACUACUGGGAAGUGGAGGCAUGGCAUCCCGACUUGGCUCAGGAGGACUACUCGGGGGUGGAGGUCGUCCACCUACCCUCCGGUGGACAACUACAAAUGAAGGAAAAGGGACUCAACUUGGCGUCGAAGGACAUCAUGGAGGUGGAGAAAUGCAUGAAGUCGCAGCCAUGACAGGAGAACUUGGAGGUAUAGGGCCUUCACCGAGUCGUGGAGAGUUACCUAUUGUUGGAGGUACGGAAGGUCAGCUUAGCCAGGGAGGUGGUGGUCCUCCUCGUGCACCUAGUCCUGAAUUGAGGCCUAAGCCUGGCUCAGGAGUGCCAACAAUGGUUGGAUGUGGCAACGCAUGUGGGGGUUGUUACCCUGUCCUAACCUGUUGCCUUAACUUCUUUUGCUGUUGUUGGAGAGGCCCAAUGGGCUUACAAGGGCGUCCAGGACCAAUGGGGCCUCCUCGACUCUGAUUUAUUAUUUAAAAAUCCUUGCAUUAAAUUGCAUAAUGUACAUACUUAAAACAUGAAAAAUUGCCAUUCUGUAGUAAGGCAGUAACGUAUUUUAUUAUACCUACGGUGCACGUAAACUAAACCGGCAUACAAAGUGACGACCUCAUCCUAUCUACAUUCAAAGCUGAAGUUGAUGCUUUCUGAAAUAUGUUCUUUUACAAUAGUUAACAGAAAAGUAAGGAAAACUCAACCUGUUUAGCAAUGGAUUCAAGCUCUUGUGUCAUUUCACUUUGCACUUUAACAAUUUGAUCAUUGAAUUGUCCGUGCAGGAUGUAAAAAAUAGAUUCAUUCUCCUUUGCAGGGCUCGGAUUUAUCAUACAAAUUAGAUGCUUUUGUAAACUACUCGUUUUUGUUGUCAACAC